GGUGUUUGGGUCCCUGGAGACGCUGACGGCCCCCAGGGAGGCAGUGAGGUCGAGGACUCCACAGACCCCUCUCCGGCCCCAUGGUGAUGACCUCCCCCUGAGGAAGCCCUGUCUUGUGACUGGAGGAAGUGGCUGCCUCCCCGCCCCCACCCAGCCACCAUGAAUACCUCGGCCCCACCCGCCGUCAGCCCCAACAUCACCGUCCUGGCACCAGGAAAGGGGCCCUGGCAAGUGGCCUUCAUUGGAAUCACCACAGGCCUCCUGUCACUGGCCACUGUGACAGGCAACUUGCUGGUACUGAUCUCCUUCAAGGUCAACACAGAGCUCAAGACAGUCAACAACUACUUCCUGCUCAGCCUGGCCUGUGCCGACCUCAUCAUCGGCACCUUCUCCAUGAACCUCUACACCACAUACCUGCUCAUGGGCCACUGGGCUCUGGGCACUCUGGCCUGUGACCUCUGGCUGGCCCUGGACUACGUGGCCAGCAACGCCUCUGUCAUGAACCUGCUGCUCAUCAGCUUUGACCGCUACUUCUCCGUGACCCGGCCCCUGAGCUACCGGGCUAAGCGCACCCCACGCCGGGCAGCUCUGAUGAUAGGCCUUGCCUGGCUGGUGUCCUUUGUCCUCUGGGCCCCAGCCAUCCUGUUCUGGCAGUAUCUGGUGGGGGAGCGGACAGUACUGGCUGGGCAGUGCUACAUCCAGUUCCUCUCCCAGCCCAUCAUCACCUUUGGCACGGCCAUGGCCGCCUUCUACCUCCCUGUCACGGUCAUGUGCACACUCUACUGGCGCAUCUACCGGGAAACGGAGAACCGGGCCCGGGAGCUGGCAGCCCUGCAGGGCUCGGAGACCCCAGGUAAGGGGGGCGGCAGCAGCAGCAGCUCAGAGAGAUCCCAGCCGGGGGCUGAGGGCUCACCGGAGAGCCCCCCAGGGCGCUGCUGCCCCUGCUGCCGGGCCCCCAGGCUGCUGCAGGCCUACAGCUGGAAAGAGGAAGAGGAGGAGGAUGAAGGCUCCAUGGAGUCCCUCACGUCCUCGGAGGGUGAGGAGCCUGGCUCCGAAGUGGUGAUCAAGAUGCCCAUGGUGGACCCCGAGGCGCAGGCCCCCGCCAAGCAGCCCCCCCGGAGCUCCCCGAAUACAGUCAAGAGGCCGACCAGGAAGGGGCGCGAGCGGGCGGGCAAGGGCCAGAAGCCCCGUGGGAAGGAGCAGCUGGCCAAGCGGAAGACCUUCUCGCUGGUCAAGGAGAAGAAGGCGGCUCGGACCCUGAGUGCCAUCCUGCUGGCCUUCAUCCUCACCUGGACACCGUACAACAUCAUGGUGCUGGUGUCCACUUUCUGCAAGGACUGCGUCCCCGAGACCCUGUGGGAGCUGGGCUACUGGCUGUGCUACGUCAAUAGCACCAUCAACCCCAUGUGCUACGCGCUCUGCAACAAAGCCUUCCGGGACACCUUCCGCCUGCUGCUGCUCUGCCGCUGGGACAAGCGACGCUGGCGCAAGAUCCCCAAGCGCCCCGGCUCUGUGCACCGCACCCCUUCCCGCCAAUGCUGACGGCCCCCUCGUCCACAUCCCUCUACCCCAGUCCCGGGAGAGCCCGGUAGAAAGUGGGCAGGGACUGGGACCUCAGACCCAGGGCCCUCCUCAGUCCUCGCCAGGCUUCCCAGGCCCCUAGGCCACCUUCCUGGACAGCCCAGAGAGACCCUGCCAACUCUCCAAAUUUUGCUAUUCCCAGGCAGGGAGAGAAGCCGGGGCAACUGGUUUUUCUGCUCCCUGCUGGGUGGGAACGGGCUCUUCACCAGGAAGGAGGCCGGGAGGGGGAUCCGGCCUUUGGAUUCUUUGUUUGCAUUCAGGCAGGAAGUCUGUCCGGAGCCAGCAGGGCGGGCCAGGAGGAAGAAGGUUCUCCACUACAAGCAUCCUUGGCCCAGUGGCUGGCCUGGAUUUUGGUGGGAAAUGGCACCCCCUAGGGCCACAGCAGGGAACUGACACAAACCGCUGAGAGAAGCUUGGCUCUAAGGGAGCGGCCCCUGGCUGGGGAUCCCUCCCUGGCUGGGGAUCCCUCCUCUGCCGGCGCAGCCCCCUCUGCUGGGCCCUAGGCACACUCUUCAGGACCGUCCAACCUCUCCACUAAUGUCCCCAGAGCAUCCCUUUGUGGGUUUCCCCCAAAGCAAAUGUCCAAGCAUCAGCAGGACAAAGACAGCAGAGGGGACCAUCUUGGCUAGUCACACAACGUGUCCCGAGGCAGCAGCAGGACAGGCACCAGGUGUCCUAACUGUUCCCCUAUGUCAUUUCCCUGGGAGUGAGGAGCAGGGGUGCCUGCCGUCCAGCCUCACACCUAUAAUCCUUGCCCCAGAGAAACCCUCGGUCCCUCCCUCCCUGGCUCUCAGCUACCACCUAGAUAGAUCUGCUCUAUACAGAUCUAGCCAGGUCUCCUGCAUGCUGCCUGCCUCCGGGCCCCGCCCCUCCCCACGCCUGGCCCAGCCAACAGGUUCUCUCCUGUGAACUCCCCGAUCCCACCCACGCAUGGCCUCCCAGCCACCCUUAUCUCCAGGCCCAGCCUGGCCCCAAAUAUUCUUUCCUUCCAUCCUCAGCAAGUGCUGAGUCUGUGAAUAAAGCCACAUAACCAGUGG